AUGAAGCACAUCAAGAAGAACAGGAAGCCGCCAACAAGUACGUACCGUCAUACCGGCACCGCGAAGUCGCUGACCGAACAUAGGCGACGGAUUCUAAACAUCUCGGCAUCAGAACUGUUUGACAUACGGACCAUAGCACGGACCCGACGCAAUGCAAAGCAUGCAGAGGCUGUUGAGAAAGGCCGGCUCACAUGUCUUCAACUUUGCGCAAAGUUGCACACCACUCUACCUCGAGAACUGCGAGACAUGGUGUACAGCGAGAUCAUCGGCCCAUACUACCGCGAGAUCGUCACCGGACACAGGGACUGGAGAAAAGACGUCAUUCAAAGCACAAAAAUGGAUUUCGUCAACCAAGGGAUACGAGGCCUCAAGUCAUCUGAACAGAGCGGUCUGAAGUGGUGGCUCGACAGCUAUAUGGGCCGCGAAGUAGCCACCGAGAUAGUCGAGGCCUGGUACCGCGGUCGUACCUUCUGCUUCAGUCACCGUCGGUUGAACCUGAUCCCUGAUUUCUUGGAACGCGACGUUUUCUCCAAAGGCCUCAAACCAGGCCUUAUCAUCCAGCACAUGCACGUUCACGUGGCCGAAUACCAAACCAAGACUGAUUACUUCGAUGAGCUAAGAGAUACACUCGGCAAGAUCGAGAACAAGGAUGUCAACUUGCACAUACGUCUUAUCCACAGGACUAGCAUGUCGGCUCGACGGCUGCAACUAGAGAGGCUGGGUCCUGUCGUUUACCAGCUAAGAAGGGAAGGGCUGAGUCGCGUUACUGUACAGAGUUCGGGGUGUUGCAAGGACUUCACGUCGUUGUUUGAUGUGGAAGAAGGGCUGCUCAUCAGUUCUCUGGUAUGUUGCUGA